AUUGUUCGUAAGGUUCAAGAUUCCAUCGGUAGACGGCGACCGUUAGGAAUUUGCGCGGUGCCGAGAUUGUGGUUAUGUGAUUUGUUUAUCGCUUCUGCAAAAUUUACAAAUUCGAAUCGGACUAAGAGGAAGGCGAUGAGCAUCAAACCAGAGCCGGAUCCUGUGAAGAACGAGAGGUCUGGAAAGGUGAGGGAGGUCGGAUGCCACGCGAUAUGGAGCCUCUCUUCAUGCAAACCAGGAUUUGGGGUGGAUCAGCUGAGGGAUGAGAGAUGUGAUACCUAUUGGCAGUCUGAUGGGCAGCUCCCGCACCUAGUGAACAUACAGUUCCAGAGGAAGACAACAGUCAGUGACAUUUACAUAUACACAGAUUACAAAUUGGAUGAGAGCUACACGCCGAGCAGGAUCUCGAUUCGCGUCGGCACGCAUUUCAAUGAUCUGCAGGAGAUCGAGGUGAUCAUCCUAUCGGAGCCUUCAGAUGGUGUUUCAGGGUGGGUCCACAUUCCCAUCAAAGAUUUAUCAGAGAAGCCGAUCAGGAUGUUCAUGGUGCAGAUAGCGGUGACCAGCAAUCACCAGAACGGACGGGACACGCACAUGAGACAGAUCAAGAUACACAGUCCGAGCGAGGAGAACCACAACGUCGCCAUCAACAAUUUCAACAACUUUUCAACCGUCGAUUUCCAGCAGUUCGCAACGAUACGUUGAACGUGUUGAGAUAAUAAUAACAA